AUGUACAAGUCCAAGCAUAAGUUGAAAUCGAUCUCCAACAACAUCAAGUCGGCAACGUUGUCAGACUUCUCUAGCGGUUUGACCCCUCAAGAUUUCCAAAUUUCCCCGGUGUCGCACUAUGGGAUAUCUGGAACCGUUAUUUCUAUGGGGUUUGACCCGGUGCAAUCGUUAUUAGCAUUGGGGAAUAACCAGGGAGAAGUGUAUGUGUUUGGUCAGAAAGGUGUGGAGAUUGUUUUCAAGACCAGCAGACCUGAACCAGUCUUGUAUUUGAAGUUUAUCAAGAAUGUGUUUUUGGUUGCGGUCACCGCAAGCUCGAUCUUGCAAGUUUACUCGUUGGAAUCCAAGCAGUCAUUGACCGAAUGCAAAGUUCCUGGCAAUGUCUCAAUUGUGGAAAGUGAUCCAUCAUUGGAUUUCAUCUACCUUGGUUUGGAUACUGGAGUGAUUAUGAUUUACGACGUGGUAAAAGGGUAUUUGACUCCCCACAAAAUCACCAACUUGCAAAAAACUCACGUCAUUAGAAAGUCUUGGAAUCAUAGCGCUACCCCACAUAUCGAUCCCACAAGGAUUGACAACUCUAUCAGAUCAUUACAGGUCCAUCCAAGAGAUAUUGGAGUAUUAUUGAUUGCAUAUUCCAAAACCGUGGUGUUAUAUUCGGUGACUGAGCGGAAGAUCAAAAAAGAGUUCGAUUAUGAAGUUCCCCCAGGAGCCCCAGGUGGCGACUUAACAAAUGUGGAAACCUCUCGCCAACCAGAUGUCGUGAAAGCCCUUUUCCAUCCUAAUGGUUUGAAUAUCUUGACAUGCCACGAAGACGGCUCCUUAGUUUUUUGGGAUACUAAUAAUGGUACUUUGAUCCAAGCCAGAACUUUAUUCGACACCGAUGUCGACAAACCACAAAGCGGGUUGUUUAAUAAUGUGAAAAUGGUUCAACCAAUGAGAUAUAAUAAAAUCACUCAAAUUGAGUGGGUUUGCGAAGCUAAUCCUGAAAACACUUCGUUGUUGAUUGCUGGUGGGGAUUCCAUCAAAUCGAAUAACCCUAAUGAAAGAGAAACUAAUCUUAACUUAACCAGAAUUGAUUUUGGCACCACUCCAAAGUACUCGAUCACAUCAUAUGAAAAGAUGUCGGAAUUUUAUUCUAACCCAAAAAAUUUAAAAAUUUUCCCAAUUAGCCAAAAAAGCUCCAUUAGAAGCUUUUUGCCCUUGCCUGCUAGUUCACCAUUCUUUGCAGGAAACCAUAACCCCAAUGUUAUCUUUGUGUUAUUGGAAAAUGGGAUCAUGGAAGUGUUGAGAUAUCCAUAUGGUAAUCUGAUCCACAGCUCGUCCAUUUUACCUCCUUCGUUGUCCUGGGUUCAUCCUGAGUUGACAUGUUUGUCAGCAAUCAUUGCUCCGCGAACUCAAUGGAUGGGAAUCUUGCAAACUUUGGAAUCAGAAAGAAAAAAAAAGAUUGCUCGUCAGAAUGGAGCUCUGGAUUUUUAUGAUGAAACAAUCUUGACAGGUGGAGCUGCCUCAACUGUGAAGCAAAGAGUAUUCACGGAAGGUAGAAGUGUGAUUAUAUCUGGUCAUUCUGAUGGUACAGUGAAAUUGUGGGACGGUUCAAGAUCAGAAUUGGAUGAAAUAAGUGUUAUUGAAAUUGACACAUCGUUUGGGCUUGGACAAGCAAGCAAUCCAUCUCCAGUUAACAAAGUUUCAUUCUCAGGUCACACCACCGAUUUAAUUAUCAGUAAUGAUGAUGGUGAUACCAUUUUGUAUAAGUUUGGUAAUAACAGGUUAUAUGAUCCGAAUAUCACCCGGAAUGAUUACGAUCUUGAUUCAAGCUUGACAAUGAAAUUGAAAAAGAAGAACGCCCCAAGUAACUCGCAUUCAUUGAUUGUUAAUGUGGAAAAUAAUAUUCCAGCCUACAUUCACAAAGGAUUUUUGCCAAUCAUAAUGAUUAGGGCACCAAGGAAUGGCGACGGCCCGAAGUUGACGGUUACCGCUCUUAAAAAUUCCAAUAUAGAGUUCGCAGCGAUUGCGUAUAAUGAUGGUCAAAUCAUGGUUGUUGAUAGAAGGGUUUCUGAUAUCAUUUUCAUGGAGAAUAUCAACAAAAUAUCCAGUAAAAGAAAAUCAACAGGAAGCUUGUCGUACGUUACAUCUAUAGAGUUCGGUAUCAUGAAAGGCAGUGAAGAUGCUAAAUAUUCUUCCAUCUUAAUGUUUUUGGGUACUUCGGUAGGAAAUUUAAUCACCUUCCAGAUUGUGCCGGGCUCGUCGCCAAAUUCUAGAUCGAGAUUCCAAAUCAAGUUUUUGAGUUGUGUGGAUGCCGAUAACUCAAAGAUUCGCAACAUUAUCCCAAUCAAUGCUGAUAAUGGUGCUUCUGCGGUAGCCAAAACUCAGGAAUUCGCACAGUUGGGAUCGGGAGUUUUAAUCAAGGGGUUGAUUUUAACGGUGUCUUCAUUUGGGAUUAGAUUGUUCAAGUCACCUACUCAUAAAUCCGCCAAUGUUAAUUUCCAAAAUUCGAAUAGUGGUGAAAUUGUUACUGCUGAUAUUUGCAGGGUUCGUCCAGUUAAUGAUAUGUCAAUAUCAUCAGGAGAGGUUACAGUGAUGUCGGUUUUAUUUGAGAAUGGCCAAGUUAAAUUCUUGUCGAUUCCAAGUUUGAACGAAAUUACUACUUUGGCUCUCAAUUGCCGUCUUAACAGAGCUUUUGCCACCCAAAGCACAGUGUUGUUGAAUGGGGAUAUUUUGAUCAGAAAUGAUAAAACCGAGGGCUCAUUGGUUCACAUAACCAGAAGUGGAUCAGUUAGAGGUGGUGCUGAAGCUGAUAGUGAUUUAUUGUUCAAUUUCGAGUUGAAGAUCCCUCAAAGACCUACAUUUAAUUCUUUACAAUGGGCAAGAGGUUCCAAAGUUACUACCCUUGAUGAUUUAUUGAUGGUGUUUGAAGGGGAAAGAAGACCUAGAACUAAGUAUCCUAAAGAGGCCGGAUUAGCUGAGAAUUCUAUGGCGAAUAGUGCUCUACAAACGAUGAUUGGAGGAGUCAAUGGUAGUAGCAAUGACAGUAAUCCUGGGCCAUCUUCAGAUCCUUAUGGUGGGGGUCCUUCAAGAUCUUAUACCUCUAGUAGUAAUCUGAGUGCUGGUAAUAAUAAAGGUUGGGGAUUUGAUAUGAGUAAUCUUCAAAGGUCCCUCAACAAUACCUAUAAAGGAAUUGAAGACCGGUUCAAUGAAGCUGGUAAUAAUAUUGCUGAGCAGUAUAAUGAAACCGUGGAGGAUACCAAAAACAAUAUGAUGAAAUCGAUGAUUAAAUCCAAGUUUAGCUUUUAA